AGAAUUAGGCUUCCUGUGUAAACGCAGCCUCUGACAAGUAUAGCUCAAGGAAUCACAUUGACUCUCUUCAUAGUUUCCAAGUCGGACAUUUCUGAGUUUCCAAGUUCCGAGACGUCUUUAACAAGGCAGAAGGAUGAAAAAGUGUACAACUGGGGCGUAAUCGUUACGCCAAUUCUAUGGCAAAACGUUUGCAAAAGAAACCGUUUACUCCAAACGGUAAACAUAUUGAAACGAAAACGAGAGUUUCUACUGGACAAAUUCAGGCAUACGGCGACAAUGAGAACUCUGAGGGGGUGGCCAAAGUCCUCUCGUACAUGGAAGCGGUUUAGAAGGUCAAUAACACUUGACGAGAUAGAGGUCGCCCAUCUGAUAGAGGAGCACAGGCUGGAGCGGGAACAACUACUGACAGACCACCUGAAGUCCAAAGAGGUAUGGAAAACAUUGUUAAAGGAGAUGCCCAUGGCAUCAGUGCUAAGAGUCAUGGUAAGAUGACACCAGACCAAGUCCUCUAACCAGGAAGCUCAGACGUGGUAGCGGUUUGCGAGAUGAUCCAGAGUUAGGUGUCUUUAAAAAAGGUGAGACAUACCUACCUGCUGUCUCUCACGCUCAAUGAACUGGGAUUCAUUCACUUGCUGCUUUCUCAGAGAUCUAUCUCGUAGUUGUAUUGUUAUUGUAGGCAAAAGUCCACCCCUUCAGCAUCUUGGCGGCAUCAGAAAAUGACAUGGUGGAUCUGGCGGGAAAGCGUUUUGCGGUGGCGGUGGACAUUAGCACGCCUCUGAGCAGUAUUGUUCAGGGGACCUCAGUGGUCACGGCUGCAGCGAUAGCCAUGGUUCUUGUGCGGACGGAGGCAGAGACACUCUGAGGGAGCUAUAGUUCCUUGCACAAUCUCAGCCGACAUGUCUCUUCGUGAAGUAACAGCUAAGCUGGUCAAGGUACAGAGAUAACCAGUGGCUAUACAGACUGUGCUCUCCCCAUCCUGUGGGCUUCGGAGAAAGGGAUCACUGUGAACAUGUCAAUGAUAUUCACCAACAGCGCCAACCCGGCGGAGUGUCUGAGGAUGUACAGACAUGUAAGUUGGAUGCAUCAAGAAGGACAGCUGAAGGUACAAUUGCACAAGUGGAAAUUAGUAACUGGGAUUCAUUGAGUUUUGGUCAUCUACCAUUUCAGAUCAACCCCUGUUUUAGGCAAAGCUCUCGAAAACCCUUCAAGGGUUUUCAGCGGGUACGGUUGGCUGGGUGUGAACUACAAUUCCAACACUGUUUUAACAUUUAGAAACAUGCUGUGUGUGCCUCCAGUUGAUGAACUCCACUUCAUCCCCAUGUAAAGGUGACUGGAGGCCUUGCAAUCAUAGCUAGAUGAAGACAAGUGAAGAUGGCGGACGUGUUGAGUGUUCUUCGCCUGUACAACAUCCAGAAAAAAGAAAUCGUCGCCAAAGGAGACGAAGUUAUCUUUGGAGAGUUCUCUUGGCCUAAAAAUGUCAAGACUAACUAUGUCAUUUGGGGAACUGGGAAGGAGGGUCAGCCAAAGGAGUACUAUACUCUGGACUCCAUCCUGUUCCUGCUCAACAAUGUGCAUCUCCCUCAUCCAUCCUAUGUGCGAAGGGCUGCAACCGAGAACAUUCCAGUUGUCAGAAGACCUGAUCGAAAGGGCUUGCUUUCGUAUCUCAAUGGAGAAAGUUCUACUUCAACAAGUAUCGACAGAAGUGCCCCCAUAGAGAUUGGUUUGCAAAGGCCAACACAAGUCAAACGAGCAGCAGACGAGGUGUCAUCUGAAGCCAAAAAACCAAGGAUAGAGGAUGAGGAACGAGUGCGUCUGGACAAGGAGCGUUUGGCUGCUCGACUGGAGGGCCACAAAGAGGGCAUUGUGCAAACUGACCAGAUCAGGUCACUGUCUGAGGCUAUGUCAGUGGAGAAGAUCGCCGCCAUCAAAGCCAAGAUCAUGGCAAAGAAGCGCUCCACCAUUAAGACAGACCUGGAUGAGGACAUCACCCUGAAGCAGAGGAGCUUUGUGGACGCUGAGGUGGACGUGACCAGGGACAUUGUCAGCAGGGAGCGGGUGUGGAGGACCAGGACCACCAUCCUACAGAGCACUGGAAAGAACUUCUCCAAAAACAUCUUUGCCAUCCUGCAAUCGGUGAAGGCCAGGGAGGAGGGGCGCGCCCCUGAGCAGAGGCCAGCACAGAACACCACUCUGGUGGACCAGUCCAUAAGGAACAAGCAACCUGUCCCAGCUGCCUAUAACCGAUACGAUCAGGAGAGAUUCAAAGGAAAAGAGGAAACGGAGGGAUUCAAGAUUGACACCAUGGGCACCUACCACGGCAUGACUCUGAAAUCUGUAACGGAGGGAGCAUCUGCCAGGAAGGCCCAGACACCAGCGCUGCAGCCCGUCCCCAGACCAGUUUCCCAAGCCAGACCCCCACCAAAUCAAAAGAAGGGCUCUCGGACUCCCAUCGUAAUCAUCCCAGCGGCCACCACAUCCCUCAUCACCAUGCUCAAUGCAAAGGACCUACUGCAGGACCUCAAGUUUGUGACGCCAGAGGAGAAGAAGAAGCAGGGCAUCCAGCGGGACAACGAGGUGCUGCUCCAGAGACGCAAGGACCAGAUCCAGCCCGGGGGGGCCACGCUCAGUGUCACCGUGCCCUACAGGGUCAUCGACCAGCCCCUCAAACUAGCUCCGCAGGACUGGGAUCGCGUGGUGGCCGUGUUCGUGCAAGGCCCUGCCUGGCAGUUCAAGGGCUGGCCUUGGCUGCUACCUGACGGAUCUCCUGUGGAUAUUUUCGCUAAAAUCCGAGCCUUCCAUCUGAAGUAUGACGAGCAGAAGAUGGACCCCAAUGUGCAGAAAUGGGACGUGACCGUGCUGGAGCUGAGCCACCACAAGCGCCAUCUCGACCGGCCCAUGUUCCUGAAGUUCUGGGAGACCCUCGACAGAUACAUGGUGAAACACAAGUCGCACCUGAGGUUCUGAGCCUAGACCGUGGCCUCCUUCCUCCACAGGUCCCGUCAAGGCAUUUAUAAGCUCCCGCCCCAAACCUAGCCCUCCUCCUCCCCACCAGGACUACCACUAGAAGAGAAAGGAGACACACGGGCCCACAACACCCCCCCACCAGCACUUUGGGGAUCCAGAAUAGACCCACGUGUUCAGAUUGUCAUUCAGGAAAAUACUUUCUACCUGGUCUUCAUGGUUUCCAUAGAUAGAAGCAGCAGAUACAGUAUGUCUGGACAUUGGGAAGGGGAGGUUGGAGCGUCCCAUGUUUUUCAAGUUCCUAUGUACAAUAUAAAACAAUAUACCAAAACUAUAUAUUUUCUAACAGUAUAGCGUUUUACUGUGGAGAAAGAUUGAAGAGCGAGAGAAAGCGAAAGGGGGAUGGAUAGAUGGAGGUGGGGAAAACAACUUCCCAUACUAUUUCCUUUGUAAAAUGGAUCUUGUAAAUUCCAUGUGAAACAUGAGCUGGAUAAGAAGCCCUUUGGAUCACUGCUGGCAAUAAGGGAUACGAGACCUCUGUCAGUUUCAUUUUCUGAUGUUUUUAGUUCCUUACGAUAGGAACAUUUGUCUCUACUUUUUUACUAAGUGCUUCCAAAAUGGCACCCUAUUUCCUAAAUGGUGCACUACAGUGCUCUAUGAAGGGAAUAGAGUGCAAUUUGGGACAGAAUCCUAGUUUGAAAGCGCAUAGGUAUGCAGUCUUAUAGCCAAGGAGCAUCUGAGUGACGUGCCAUGCGAUCCAAAUGUAUAUAUGAUGAUAUAUGAGCCAGACUUUGAAGAUCAAAGAAGCUAGGUAUCUUAUUCUUGAUGCAUAACAAAGCUAAUGAUUCAGUGAUAGAUGGGUUCAAAUGUUCGACAGUAAAUUCCAAUAUUUGCGGCUUUUUUUUUUUUUGCAACUGCGCACCACUUUGGUCACUACAUGACGAUGUAAAGAUUUUUAGUUAUUUUUAGUUGGUGUUGUGCAAAUGAAAGGAAUGAUGGACAUUGCUUUAUUUGAUGUGUUCACAAUGCAAAUGGUUAAUAAAAGUUGGUAGACGGAAAGUG